AUGGCAGUAUCAUUCCUUUUCAACAUGGUGGAGUCACUCGUAGCAAAGCUUGCUUCUAAUGCAUUUGAAGAAGCUUCUCGAGUGGUGGGUUUAUACGAUAAUCUUCGAGACCUUAACAACACUCUCUCUUUAGUCAAGGCUGUCCUGUUAGAUGCUCAGCAAAAGCAGGAGAACAACCAUGAGCUGCGGGGAUGGCUCACUCAGCUCAAAACUGUCUUCUCCGAUGCCGAAGAUGUGUUGGAUGAAUUUGAGUGCCAAACAUUGCGAAAGAAAGUGGUCAAAACUCAUGGCAACACCAAAGAGAAGGUAAGUCACUUCUUCUCAAGCUCUAAUCCACUUGUUUUUCGUUACAAGAUGGCUCAACAAAUUAAAGAUAUCACCCAGAGACUAGACAAGGUUGCAGAUAGUAGGAAUAAGUUUGGUCUUCAAAAAAUUGAUGUUGAUACACGUGUCGUGCAUAUUAGAGAAAUGACUCACUCCCGUGUGAGGGAUUCAGAUGUAAUAGGAAGGGAACAAGAUAAAGAAAAGAUAAUAAAGGUUUUGCUGCAGCAGAAUCCUAAUGAUAACGAUGCAAGUCUCUCUGUUGUCUCCAUUGUGGGGAUUGGAGGCUUGGGAAAGACUACACUUGCAAAGUUUGUGUUCAAUGACAACAGGAUCCAGGAGUGUUUUCAAUUAAAGAUGUGGGCGUGUGUUUCUCAUGACUUUGACAUUAAGCAAGUGAUUAUCAAAAUCAUCAAUUCUGCCAAUGAUCUAGCUUCUGCUGAUGCUCCUCCUCACCAACAGAAUUUGAAGAUGUUGGAUCUGGAGCAAUUGCAAAAUCAACUGACCAACAAACUUUCCAGUAAAAAAUUCCUGCUCGUCUUGGACGACGUAUGGAAUGAAGACCGUGUUAAAUGGGUUGAGUUAAGGAAUCUGAUAGAAGUAGGUGCUGCAGGAAGUAAAAUUCUAGUGACUACACGUAGUCAUUCCAUUACUUCCAUGAUGGGCACAGUUCCCACUCACAUUUUAAAAGGCCUCUCUCUAGAGGAUUCAUUGUCUUUGUUUGUUAAAUGGGCAUUUAAAGGGGGGGAAGAGGAAAAAUACCCUGAUUUGAUAAAAAUUGGGAGAGAAAUUGUGAAGAAAUGCAGAGGGGUCCCAUUGGCAGUGAGAACACUUGGGAGUUUACUAUUUUUUAAAUAUGAGACAAAUGAGUGGGAAUAUGUGAGGGACAAUGAAAUUUGGAAUUUGCCACAGAAAAAGGAUGAUAUUUUAUCUGCACUUAAAUUAAGUUAUGAUCACAUGCCAUCCUAUUUGAGGCAAUGUUUUGCAUUGUUCUCCCUUUACCCAAAGGAUUAUGAAUACUACAACAGUUUUCAGGUAACUUCACUUUGGGGAGCACUUGGACUCCUUGAAUCACCAAAAAAGAAUAGUACACUGGAAGAUGUUGCCAAUCAAUAUUUGUAUGAACUACUGUCAAGAUCAUUUCUUGAAGAUUUUGUCAACUAUGGCACUUUUUAUAGAUUUAGAAUACAUGAUUUAGUGCACGAUCUUGCUCUAGUUGUUGCAAAAGAUGAGUCUCUUUUUAUAAAUUCCCACAUUCAAAAUAUUCCUGAGAAUGUUCAACAUAUGUCUAUUGCUGAAAGCAAUUUGUUUGGCGCUUUACUCACAACAAAAUCAGUAGCUGUGAGAACCAUACUGUUCCCAAAUGGUGCAGAAGGAGCCAACAGUGAAGCUUUGCUAAAUACUUGUGCGUCAAAGUUCAAAUACUUGCGAGUUUUGGAUUUAAGUUAUUCAACAUGCGAGACUUUGCCGCGAUCUAUUGGUAAGCUGAGACACCUGAGAUAUCUAAGCAUUAUGAAUAAUAGCAAUAUUAAGAGACUCCCUGAUUCUAUUUGCAAUCUCCAAAAUUUGCUAGUGUUGAAACUUGAGGGAUGCAAGGAGCUGGAAGCAUUGCCCGAAGGAUUAAGAAAAUUGAUCAGUCUAAGGCAUUUGGGGAUAACCACAAAGCAAUCUGCUUUGCCUGACAAUGAGAUUACCAACUUGAGUUCUCUUGCAUUUUUGUCUAUUAUGUUAAGCCACAAUCUGGAGGGUGUCUUCGAAGGGGUGAAAUUCCCCGCUCUUAAAACAUUGAAUGUUUUCAGCUGUAAUAGUGUAAAGUCUCUGCCAUUGGAUGUUAACAAUUUUCCUAAAUUAGAAACUUUGUGUGUUGCACACUGUGAUAAUUUGAACUUUGAACUGGUGAGGGACCACCAUGAAGAACAAAGCCCCAAGUUGAAGUUAAAAUCUGUUGGAUUUUCGUUUUUACCACAGUUGGUGACCUUGCCUGAAUGGCUUAAAGAAACAGCCAAGUCCUUACAGUCCUUGUAUAUUUCAAACUGUGAGAAUCUUGAAAUGCUUCCGCAGUGGCUGUCAAGUCUAACUAAUCUAAAAACACUUGCUAUAGAAGAGUGUCCAAAGUUUGUGUCUCUCCCAGAUAACAUCCAUGAUCAUCUCACGAAACUUGAAAGUUUGAGGAUUGAAGGUUGUCCUGAAUUAUGCAGAAAAUUUCAACCCCAUGUGGGAGAGUUUUGGCCAAAAAUAUCACAUAUAAAAAACGUUUUCAUUGGAGAAGUGAAGGAAGAGUAA